GUCUCCUCUGCUCCUCUCUGCCCACUCUACCAUUCGAUGAUACUGUGGCUUGCCGAGUCCCUUGCAUUCUAAUAACCUACCCCAUAGCCUCUUCACCGCCAGCGUCUACGCAUGCUUGAUUCUUGUCAUGCCUUGAACUGGGUAAUAUUGUUGGAAGGCGAUUUAUCCUUUGUUUCGUGAACGCGUCUCGCUCCGUCCCACCGCGAUUCUACAUUUACCUGCAGCCACAACCAUAGCGUCCUUUGUGGAACAUGGAAGAAAGCGUGUCUAAUCGUCCGACAGAUACCCCGGAAGGUUCUGCUGGGGCAGAUGAUAACGCGCAGUCGGGUGCUGCAAAGAACGCAGCUGCCAAAGAUCGGAAGUGUCAAUAUUGUCACCAGGCAUUUACCUCGUCUUCCCUAGGCCGUCACCUCGACCAGUUCCUCUUCAAGAAGAAACCAGACGGUGUUCAUGAUGUUGAGGAAAUCCGGCGCAUUCGAAGCGGCAUCACUCGACGACAGGCUCGCACCUCGUCUGGGAAACGGGACACUCCUGAACGAAUCAUAGGGAAAGGCCAGUUGGAUCCGUAUGCGGGUGACUCAGGUGCGAAGCCACGCGAUGGUGUUAGAAUGAUGUUUAACACCCCCACCUGGCAUGCGACUGGUGUCAUCAACGAUAUUCCAAAUCCUAGUCAGUCGCAGGAUGUUUCCAACACAUCACGGUUUUCCGCUUCGCAAACUCGGGCCCCUAAGCCCCUCCCUGAUUAUGCGAGCAGAGGCGCUAGCGCUAACAAUCCUGAUACGAUGAGGGCGCUGGAGCUGGCUUUGCGGGAAGUAUUGGACAAUAUCAAGGCUGCAACUUCAAGAAUGCGCCCUCGAUUGUCGCCAUUCGACUUUGAUAUUCAGUCGCAAACGUUUCCUUCACUCUGUCUGCAACUGCUACCCCCGCCUCCAAGCUUAUUCGCGACUAGCCCGUUCCCGUCGCCUUCUUCUUUCCCGCUUCAGCCUCCUGGUGUAGAACAUGUUGAGAUCAUUCGCCAGGCUCUUCGUGCUAAGAUCGAUCAGUGGCAGUCAGAUCAACUUUCUACCGACUCUAUGAGCAAUUCUCAGUCGGGAAGGCCAAGUAUUGGUCUGGAUGCGACCAUGAUCGCCCGAAGUGCGCAACAGCAUGAAGAUAUCAGUUCGCGGCAUCUAGAGUUGGCAUUCAAGCAUUGGGCUUCGCUCACUUCUGACACGAGGCGAGACGCAUGGCAGCUCGAGAUUACCCGAGCUUUCGCCCGAGAGAUGGAAAAGCGCAAGUCAUUGGAUGACCAGCUAGCGCGGGUGCAACAAGAAGCAAAUCAGCUUCGUGCCCAAGUAGAAAGAUUAGGCUCAUGUCAAUGGCCAAGGGAGUUUGCUCUCUUUCCUCCAGACACGUUACCUCUACCUCGGGAUGUAGCUCGAGAUUUGGACACCAAAGAAAGCAAGAUCAGCCCCGAUUCCUCCCGCUGGGACUAUGAUAGUGUGGUAGCAAAGUGGAAACGCGUGGUGAUGCAUGACAAGAGCAUGGGCCGUGUCGGUGUGGGACACUUUAGUCCCGUUUUGGAUGAUUAUGGUACUGCGGAUAGGGAUAGCAAACGUGUUGGUGAUGACUCGGGAAGCAUGUCCAGGUCAAGAAUACUGCAACCCCCAGCGGCUAUGAGCCCACCUGCCCCGUCACCAAUCCAGACAGGGGGCCCAUCUGCAUCUUCUAGCCAACAGGCUUCUCCAUACUUACCACAUGAUGUCACCCGAAGUCCCAAUGCAGGGCCUCAAGCCAAGCGCCCACGUCUGAUGAAUGGUCAUCAUUCAGGGGCCGCUCCUGAAGGAUCCAAUAGCCCGUCAACAAGUCAGCCUACUGGAGCCUCCAAGCCCUGGAAUCCUCAGCAAUCCCUCACAGUUUCUAAUCUCACUGGGCCUUCGGGUCCUACCCCUCCACCAUCAUCCUCCGGCCCGUGAGUUGGGUAUUUCGGAUAGCCAUACCAUAUUCACACGCACACACCAUCCUCUGUAUACUUGCUCACGCGCGCCAUUUGCAGUCACAAAAAUGAAUGCUUUCAUUGUUACCAGCACAUUCCAAAAGUUUGUUGCUGCCUUCUCAAUCGAAGUACCUACGAAAUCUUUGCCAGAACAUUGUGGGUGUAGUGUUAUGGGACUCGACAUAUAGUCCAGUAAAUAAAAUAGUAUGACUGCAACCCUGGUCAGAUUCGAUUUUUGGAAUAUUUUACUGUACAUCUUCUCAACUUCAAGUUAAUGUGU